GGCCCUCCGGGAGAACGUGGCCUUCAAGGGGAAAUAGGUCCAGCUGGCUCCAAAGGCGACAAGGGUCCAGUAGGCUUAAUUGGACACGCCGGACCUGAUGGUGACCAAGGCAGCCAGGGGGAACGGGGAAAGCAAGGCAGUCCCGGUACUCCUGGGAAUCCUGGUCAGGACGGCGCUAGGGGACCUAUGGGACCUAUGGGUUUACGAGGCCUAACUGGGCCUAAGGGUCAGUCAGGUAAAGACGGAAAACCAGGUGAUCAAGGUAAAGAGGGCGAGAGGGGGAGCAAAGGUAUGCAGGGACAGCAGGGCCGAACUGGAGAGCCAGGAGAACAGGGCGUAAAUGGCGGACGAGGAUCUACUGGCGCUAUGGGAGCAGUUGGCCAGAUUGGCAUUCCUGGGAGAAUGGGACCAAGUUUUCUCUCUUCAUUGCGACACUUGCAGGGUCUUCCCGGUGCUCCUGGUCUUCCUGGUUCAAAAGGUCCCCGUGGUUUCCGAGGUCUUCGAGGCCCUGCUGGUGACAACGGCAUACCUGGUGAGGAUGGCUUACCCGGAAUACCAGGACCUGUUGGUAUUCGUGGAUCCCCAGGUCGAAUUUUGGUGAUGUCCCGCUCGAUGGCUCGUGUUGGCGUUCCCGGACCCCCAGGACCGCCUGGAUCUAAGGGUCCUAUAGGACCUGCUGGUCUUGAUGGUCUUCCUGGGCCUCCUGGUCGACCGGGCUCUUUAGGAAUGACAGGUACAAACGGCAUCAAGGGUGUAGCUGGAGACCUUGGAAAGCCAGGUACCAAGGGUGCAAAGGGCCGUGCUGGAAGACAUGGGGAUAGAGGAGAUGGAGGUGUAAUAGGACCUAUCGGAUUGGCAGGCGCAAGUGGAGAUGAUGGUGCUAAAGGCGCAGCUGGAGAGCCCGGAGUUCAAGGAUUACCUGGUGAGGAUGGUGCACCUGGAAGUCCCGGCUAUUCUGGAGAAAUUGGGCCCCAAGGACAAAUGGGAAAACUUGGCCGAAUAGGGUUUCCAGGAAAAACGGGAAGAUCUGGUCGUGAUGGAGAUGUAGGUCCUCAAGGAGCCCAGGGAGAUCCUGGGCCACAAGGAGAGAUCGGAUCCCAAGGACAACCAGGAAGGGAUGGACCUGUUGGUUUAGUUGUAAGUCUUCGUAUAUUUUCUGUUUAUUUAGUUAAAACGAAUUAA